AAAUACCAGGCAAAAUGGGCAACAGAAUAAGACACAGACGCCGCAGGACGUCUCGUAGCGCCGAUAGUAUGCAUCCACCAGAGCCAAAGGUUUCGUACUGGCCCUUCUGGCGUGUGGUCUACUGGUUGGUUGUCUUCAUAGUCGUGGUCAGCUUGUGCGUGGGCUUAUACCUCACCAUAAGUUCGGACAUGGGCCAAUGCCACUCGUACGACGUCCGGUGCGAGUGAGUGGAACAGUCGAAGAAAAUGAUGAACUGCUUAAGUCUCUAUACGCAAACCCCAUACCAUAGUUUGUUAAACAUUUUUAUUCCGUUCUAAAUUUAUGUACAAUAUUAAUUAAAGCUGGUGACGCUGUAACAAGACUAUCUACUAUUGUUUGCGGACUAAUACAAAACCAGUUGAUCCUUACUUUAGGUAUACCCUUUUCCUCGUGAAUCAUCCUCAUCCUCGUCCAGUGUAGCGCCAACGAAUAUAUUGUAUAUGCUUCAUAAUAGUGAGGGCACACCUAUUCAGCAAAGCCUAGAAGAGAGCGAGACGGAGCGAUAGAGCGAUUGGGAAAGAAAGAAAGAAAAAGAAAUACUCUACAUAUAGAGAUUAUAUGUAUACUCUCUAUAAUACUAUGUACACAUAUAUGUAUGUGAUGCAGACUUUUAUUGAGGGGUUUUGUAGGCUUUCAUAUGAUAUUCUGUGCCUCUAUAUGGAGCCCGCAGUAUAAAGAGCAGCAGGUUGUUAUUGAAUCCUUGCAAA